AUGUAUCGACGCUCGAAAUCCACAACGAGUAGGUGCUUCCAUAGAGUUUUGCGCUCGGUUAUAGCAUUAGAAAGCCUUUAUAUUCAGCAACCACAAGGUGAUGUUGUCCCCAAAGAAAUUCAAGAGAAAAAGAGAUUCUUUCCUUACUUCAAGAAUUGUGUAGGAGCAAUUGAUGGUACAUAUGUUCGUGUCAAAGUACCUAAUAGAGAUGCCCCUAGAUAUCGUUGCCGCAAGGGUUACCCAACGAUAAAUGUGUUAGUUGCUUGUUCAUUUGAUUUAAAGUCUAUGUAUGUUUUAACCGGUUGGGAGGGUACUGCAUCAGACUCAAGGAUACUAAAGAAUGCGCUUAAUAGAGAUGAUAAACUACUAAUUCCAAAUGGUCGCUAUUAUUUAGUAGAUGCGGGUUUGCCUCACUCAACUAUAUUAAUGGCGCCAUAUAGAGGUGUUAGGUAUCAUUUAAAAGAAUAUUCCACUCGGGCACCACAAAAUGCUAAAGAGUUGUUCAAUCUUCGUCACGCUUCAUUACGUAAUGCUAUAGAAAGGGCAUUUGGUGUUCUAAAAAGAAGGUUCCCUAUCAUUAGAAGUACACAAGAACCUUUUUAUUCUUGUGAAACACAAUCAGACAUUUUUUCGGCGUGUUGUAUUUUGCAUAACUUUUUGAUAGUUGAAGAUCGUGACAAAGAUCUUGAAGAUGAGGUAUUACAGGAGGUGUUAAGUGCACCAACAGAGGAAGUGAGACAUAAUUCAAGUGGUGCGCGUGAGGGUAACAGCAUGGCAGAGCAACUUAGGAACUCAAUUGCAAAUCAAAUGUGGACUAAUUACUUAUUGAAUCCAAACAAUGAAAUAAAUAUGUCAACAUAG